UUCUGUAUGAACGCUGUAGAGGGGGAGCUGUGAGGAAAGUUUGAGCAUGGCCACACCCACACACCCACCCGCUCACUGCUAGCCACAAUAACAGGAAGACGGAUUGCACUUAUGAUGUGUCUCAUAUGUCUAGUAUGACUGAAAGGAACAGUCCUUGUCUGUGGAUUUCAGUACCUCAGGUCUCCACUGCACCUUGUAACCGCUAUAAACAUGCCACUUGUGAAUACAGGGGAAAUGUCUACCUGCUCGGAGGUAGAGGGAAACACUCAUUAAAAGAUUUCUGGAAGUACAAUGUGGUGUGUAAUAAGUGGACUAAGCUGUACUGCAAGGAUGAUCAAGCACCUGAUGAACUGGAAGAGCACAGCAUGGUGGCACAUCAGGGUAUUCUGUAUGUGUUUGGAGGCUGGAGAGAUUCUGUAUACACUAACUCAAAAACACCUUUCUGGCUGUUUGAUACAGAUAAAGAACAGUGGUUGCAUUUAAACAAGCCAGGUUCACAUUCUCAGAAAGAGGUACCAGCUAACAGAAAGGGGCACAGUGCUGUAGUACUGGGAUCUUCUAUGUAUGUUUAUGGGGGAUACAUUGAUAUGCGAGGGACCUUACAUGAGUUCUGGCGGUUUGACACGGACACUAGGAUGUGGUCACUCCUGAGUAAUGCACAAGUUUGUCCCGGACCAAGGCAUAGUCACUCAGCCAUGACCCACCAGGACUGUAUGUACCUGUAUGGUGGCUUGCAAGGUCUAAAGGAACAGAGGGACCUGUGGAGUUGGAGCUGCUACAACCAGACUUGGAGCUGCAUCAACACUUUCUCAGGACCCUCAAAGCUGAUGGGCCACUCAGCCGUAGUGUACAAGGACAGCAUGUUGCUCUUUGGCGGAGCAGAGACCCAGAGCGCUCCCAGAAACUGCCUUUGGAAGCUCAGUCUUACCACGUGGACCUGGGAGAAGCUGCCAUCAUUACCUGGAUCCACCGCUCCAUGUCGGAUUCACCACUGCAGUGUUGGUAUCGGACCGAGUUUCCAACCCGGUGCGUUAGAAAUCCCCAUAACAAACAGCAAACAAAAGCACAGACCAUUCAAGAACAAGUGUUUCCCAUCCAGCUCGUCUUUGCAGCCGGAGGAGAACAUUGAGCUGAAGACUUUGCCAAUGAGGAAGGAGACAGACCAGAAGGAUAUUACUCUGGCCAGUAAGUGGACUGAGGCAAAAGGAGGUUGCCUUACGUUUGAGAAUCAGAAUGCUGCUGAUGAGGAAUGGGACGAUGGCCGCUCGUCAAAGGAGACGGAGGACUGUGUAGAGCACUCAUUGCCUGACCUGCUACUCAUAUUCGGAGGUAAACCUCUAAAAGAACAAGCUGCUAUUUCAGUGUGGCAAAUGACACUUGGUGAUAGCUGACUAUAAUGGCCCGAGUAAUGCUGUUCAUUAAUGCACCACUUUCUCUGCUAUUAAAUGUAAUAAAACUGGCCUUUGUCUAAGAUUAAACCAGCUGUUGAAAUUAUACAA